AACGCCUGCGGGGCCAUGUAUUGGAAGAGCGAUCAGAUGUUUGUGUGUAAACUGGAGGGAAAGGACGUGCCGGAGCUGGCGGUUCCCCGUGAGAAGUGCCCGGGGCUCAUGUCGGAGGAGUGCGGGCGGCCUGCAGCCCUGGCGGCCGGGAGGACCCGCAAAGGCGCCGGGGAGGACGGAGGACUGGUGAAUCCUGAGGGAGCUGGGGACGAGGACUCCUGCUCCUCCUCGGCCCCGCUUUCCCCGUCGUCGUCGCCACAGUCCAUGGCCUCGGGCUCCGUCUGCCCGCCAGGCAAGUGUGUGUGCAGUAGCUGCGGCCUGGAGAUUGUGGACAAAUACCUCCUCAAGGUGAAUGACUUGUGUUGGCACGUCCGCUGUCUGUCCUGCAGUGUCUGCAGAACCUCCCUGGGAAGGCACACGAGCUGUUAUAUUAAAGACAAAGACAUUUUCUGUAAACUCGAUUACUUCAGACGUUAUGGGACGCGGUGCUCUCGCUGUGGCAGGCACAUCCACUCCACUGACUGGGUCCGCAGGGCCAAGGGCAAUGUCUAUCACUUGGCCUGCUUUGCCUGCUUUUCUUGCAAGAGGCAGCUGUCAACUGGGGAGGAGUUUGCCUUGGUGGAAGAGAAAGUCCUCUGCAGAAUGCAUUUCGACUGCAUGCUGGAUAAUUUAAAAAGAGAAGUGGAAAAUGGUAAUGGGAUUAGUGUGGAAGGAGCCCUGCUCACAGAACAAGAUGUCAAUCAUCCAAAGCCAGCCAAAAGAGCUCGGACCAGCUUCACAGCCGAUCAGCUCCAGGUUAUGCAAGCACAGUUUGCUCAGGACAACAACCCAGAUGCACAGACCCUCCAGAAACUGGCAGAGCGGACGGGCUUAAGCCGACGUGUCAUACAGGUAUGGUUUCAGAACUGCAGAGCCCGCCACAAGAAACACGUCAGUCCGAAUCACUCCUCCUCUGCUCCUGUCACAGCGGUCGCUCCAUCCAGGCUGUCUCCACCCAUGUUGGAAGAAAUGGCUUACUCUGCCUACGUGCCCCAGGAUGGGACGAUGCUGACCGCGCUGCAUACUUACAUGGAUGCUCACCAGCAACUCCUGGACUCCAGCCCUUGUUACCCUAUACAAUGACCCAGCUGCCAAUAAGUCACACCUAAUUCCUUUUUUCAGGGAUAGAAAUGAUUGAGGAUAUAGACUUGUCAUUUAUUAUGUAUAAAAUACCAUUGAAAAAGAUAUUAAUGUUAAUUUUUUAUUUAACACCCAAAGCAUUUCAAACAUCCUUUCGCUGCCCAGGUAUGUAUCAGUAGUUGGCCUGCAAGACACUUUUAUUGAU